AUGGAUGACGCCUGGCAGUCUCAAGAUAUCGCGCCCUCCAACGGUGCCGUCGGCAUUAGCAUUCCUACCCACGAUACCGCCCUCAAUGGGAAUAAUGGUCUUCCUGGCGACGAACAGAGCUGGAAUGGCGGCGGUCGUUCACCUGGCAGAGACCGCGGAGGUGAGCCGCCAAGAAGAUCCAGCAGAAGCAAAAGUCCUGGGGCUCGGGACUCGGAGAGAGGUCGCGGUGGCGAUGGUAGACACAAUCCCGGAAACAACCUCCACGUAUCUGGCCUAAGUCACAAGGUCGAUACUCGGGAUCUCGAGCAGGCAUUUGCUAAAAUUGGCCGCGUUAAAAAGGCUUCCGUCAUGUAUGAUCCUCAUACACGGGAAUCUCGUGGAUUUGGGUUUGUGACCAUGGAAACUGGUGAAGAAGCAGACGCUGCCAUCACUGCUCUCAAUGCCACAGAUCUCAUGGGGAAGACUAUGAAUGUGGAAAAGGCUCGUCGAGGACGGGCAAGGACGCCUACACCUGGCAGGUAUUAUGGUCCUCCCAAGCGUCAUGACAACGAACGUCCCUAUGAUCCUCGUCCUUACGAUAGCCGCUACUCGAGAGAUUAUGAAGACCGCCGUCGUGGUGGUGGUGGCGGCGGCGGUGGCGGUGGACGUUACGAUGAUUAUCGAGGCGGAGGGGGAGGCGGCAGAGACUACGACCGUGGUUUCAGGGAUUACGACAGAGGUGGCGACAGAGGCGGCUAUAGCCGUGACUACGACCGAGGGCGGUAUGACGACAGACGAUACUGAUCAACAUUUCACGCACUUCGAAAAUGGUCUCGAAAAUGGACGCUGUUUCUUCUUCUCCAAGUUGCGCGUCCGGAGCCAGCUGUAUGUAUUCCUUAAAUUUGCAUAUAUUGAUGUCUCUGCUCGCCUAUGAUUUAUUAUGGUAAUAUGUCGGUUUUUCUCUUAGUCUUGGUCCUUGUGUCAUCUAUGUGCAAUUCAAGUGGAUUGAACAUUCA